GUCAACGACCUCAUUUGCAUCUGAAUUCGUUUGGAGGGAAUUUACCUCCAUCUGAUUCUCGUUCCUCUCCUCUCUCUGGCCCCCGAACUUCCACGCCAUGAAUUCUUCGACAGCUCUCUUCACGUUGCAAGCUUGAUACUAACGCUUUAAUCGAACAAACCUGAUAUACUUCAAAGAGUUCGAUGCGAAAUCUUGUGAAAAGUUUGUAUUCUUGUUUUUUGGGAUCUCGCGAUUCCAUGAGUUAGAGUUCACAGCCCCACCAAAUCCAAUUCGAUGGCGGAAGGCGGCGGAGGCGGGGGAGGCUUGGCAGCACCGGUGGAGGAAGGGGCAAAGCGGCCGUCGAUAUCGCUUCCGGCGCGGUUCACGGUUGAGAGCCUCUUCCGUGGUGGGGUCUCAGAGGCGAGUCCGGGUCCGAUGACGCUGGUCUCAAACUUUUUUGCGGAGGAUCCGGAGUCGGAGUGCCGCUCUUUCUCGCAGCUACUUGCGGGCGCGAUGGCAUCUCCGGCGGCGAUAACGGCGCCACGAAAGUUUCUGGUCGAAGGGGAGGAUACGGCGGCGGCGCGUACGUCGGUGGAGACGACGAUUGCGGAUGAGCGAGGAAGAGGGGUAGGAGGAGGAGGAGGAGGUGAGCGAGGAGGGGCGAGUUUGAAUUUGGGGCAUAGCCGGCCGAUGAAUUUGUUGGUGGCGCAGUCACCGUACUUCACUGUUCCAGCUGGGCUCAGCCCCGGUGGUUUGCUCGAUUCUCCAGCCAUGUUCUCUAAUUCGGCACAUUUUGGAAUGUCACAUCAACAGGCAUUGGCACAAGUAACCGCACAGGCUGCCCAUUCUCAUACUCAAAUUCACAGCCAGGCAGAAUAUCCAUCUUCUCUUUCAUCAAUCUCCUUGCCACAGCAGGUUUCCACCACCAACAUCACAACAGCCCAACCAAUGCAGUCCAUUACAUCCGCUUCAUAUAAGUUUGCAUCUGCUCUUAUCCCUCAUUGUGACCAGAAAGCUCAGCCUGUAGCUCUUGUUGUUGAUAAACCUGUUGAUGAUGGCUACAACUGGCGUAAGUAUGGACAAAAGCAGGUUAAGGGAAGUGAAUUUCCAAGGAGCUAUUACAAAUGUACCCACCCAAAAUGUCCAGUCAAGAAAAAGGUCGAACGAUCCCUUGAUGGCCAUGUAACUGAGAUAAUCUACAAGGGUCAACACAAUCACCAGAAGCCUGUACCUAAUAAACGAUCUAAGGAGGGUGCGGCUGAGCUAAACGGAAACUCUGAUCCUAAUAAUGCUGAUUGCCGGCCACAGGGUGACCUUUCAAACUUGAAUAAAUCAAGUGAGGGUAUGACUAGUCUAUGUAAAAGAGCCCGAGAAUCUGGACAUGGAGCAUCUGAGCAGUUAACUGGUUCUAGCGAUGGUGAGGAGUUGGGUGAUGCUGAAGCAGGAAUAGAUGAAGCAGAAUAUAGCGGUGAAUCUGAACAGAAGAAAAGGAACCUGGAAACCAGGGUAAUAGAGUCGGCUUCUCAUAGGAUGGUUACAGAGCCGAGGAUCAUAGUGCAAACAACAAGUGAAGUUGAUGUUUUGGAUGAUGGCUAUAGAUGGCGCAAAUAUGGACAAAAAGUAGUUAAAGGAAACCCUCAUCCAAGGAGUUAUUACAAGUGCACUAAUGCAGGAUGUAAUGUUCGUAAGCAUGUUGAAAGGGCUUCAACCGACCCAAAAGCAGUCAUAACAACUUACGAAGGGAAGCAUAACCAUGAUGUUCCUGCUGCUAGGAACAGUAGCCAUAGCACUCAUGCUCUCGCUGGGCCUGCUAAUAGAAAUAACUCUGCUCCUCAUGUAGUCGAGUCAAAUAAUCAAAUCAUUAAUGGAAUAUCAGAUUUAAGAAACAAUGUUCACCGGCCAAUUGCUGUUCUUCAGCUGAAAGGGGAACAUGAAAUGACAUAGAAGUUUCAAGAAAAAUUUGUAAUAGUUUGUGACUAAGGCUUAGUUGGGAUGGCUUUCUUACUGCUUCUUAAAUAAGUUUUUUAAUUAAUAAACUAGAAAGCUCUUUUAAGAAGCAAUUAGAAAGCCGUCCCAAACGAAGUCUAAAACAGGAUUGGAGCAACAAUUUGGCAGUAAAUUUGUAGCAAUCAACUUGUAAUUAUUAGUUCUUGUUGUAUUUAUCAUUGUUCCUUUUUUGUCCUCAACAAGUCUUGUUUUAGUUCAGAGUUGAUAAUUCCUGCUUUAUUUAAGCUUGUAGCAUCACAUAGUACAAUCAACCAUAUGAAGACAUGUCUGGGCUUUUUAUUUGGUAUUCAUUCUCUUCAAUGAAAUCACAUAAUUGUUUUUUGGGAUUAA